GGAAAUACUGACCCGGAACAACGAGUUAAGGAGCUCGCAGCUGCAGUUGAGCGGCGCACAAUACCACGAGAACCAACGGCUGCCCUGGAGGAGUCGGCCUCCAUUGACGAGAAAACAGCACCAAGCGAACCGCGGCCAGAUACUGCAACAGCAACUGACGAAAAUGAUACGGCUCAGGCUCCUGAGAGGAUAGAAAGACCAGGUGCGAAUUUAGCGAUGGACAUCGACCUCGUGCCAGCGGAGCGGCCAGAUGAAGUUGUUAUCAAGAGCUCACCUGUAGAUGAUACAUGGCCAGAUAGGUCUGAUUGGGGUCAGGAUACUGCAGCGCAAGCGCCGCUUCAAGAGACAUCGACUAUCUCUGAAAGGCCGCUCAAUGUCGGCGACGCAUUAUUUUAUCUAGAUUCCGUCAAGAAGCAGUUCGCAGAUAGCCCAGGCGUUUAUAACAAAUUCUUGGAUAUUAUGAAAGAUUUCAAGAAUCAGUCCAUUGAUACACCGGGAGUGAUUCAACGAGUCUCAACGCUCUUUGCUGGUUACCCACAGCUCAUUGAGGGAUUUAAUACCUUCUUGCCCGCUGGUUAUCGCAUUGAAUGCACUUUCGACGGUAAUGAUACCAAUGUUAUCACUGUCACGACACCUGGUGGCACAACAACUCAGAGUCAAAGUGCCGAUGCUGGUUCUGCCUCUGCCUCUGCCGUUGUUGGCGAUAAUUUGCCAUACACACACGAGCAGAUUUUUCCAGCGAUGGAGUACGUGACAAAAAUAAAACAGCGGUUUGCUGGUCGCGAAGAACUCUACCAGGAAUUCAUCGAUAUUCUGAACUCAUAUAAGCGCUCGCCAGUGGAUCAGGACCAGUUGGCGCAGAGGAUAGCCGACCUUUUCCAAAACUCUCCGGAUCUUUUAUCUGGUCUGCAGAACUUCGUUCCUCGCGAAAUGUUCAACGCCCUUGACGCUAUGUCGGUGGAGAAGGAUGUGAAGACGGCUAAACAAGUAAAGAAGGCACCGGGUGACUCCAGUUCUUUAGCUAGUACCGCUCCAAGUACUCAGAAACGAAAGAGGAAGGUCCCGGUUCGUGAUAAAGAGAAAGAGAAGGAACGUGAAAGGGAUCAGGAUUUCGAUGUUUCAUCCAGAGCAGCUCAAAGCAGGACAAAACGGACAAAAUACCCUUUGACAGGGGGUCAAGACGGACUAUACGACGAGACACCCCAUUCGCCCCAUCAUAUUCAUGAACGCCCAGCACCACCUCAACCGCGUCCUGGCCCGAGCACGUACGACGAACAACCGGUCCCUAUCAUGGCUGCUCCUUCCCAGAACGAAAUGCAUUUCUUCGAUCGCGUUCGAAUUGCAAUCGACAACCGGGAUGUGUACAACGAGUUUCUUAAGCUCAUAAAUCUCUUCACUCAGGAAAUUAUCGACAUGAGGCGUCUUGUUGAGCAGAGUCGCACAUUUCUGGUGAGCGAGGAACUUUGGGCGCAAUUCAAAGAGAUCCUCGGGUGGGACUCGAGUUGGGAGGCUAUGAGCGGCAUUUCUGGUGCUUCUGCAUCAGUGAACGGUGAAGGUUUGGAACGCCUGUCGAAAGAACAGCUCAGCAUCCGCUGUGGUCCUAGUUAUAGACGAUUACCACCAAGCGAGGCGAACGUGCCAUGCUCUGGAAGAGAUGAGAUGUGCAAAAGCGUUCUCAAUGACGAAUGGGUGACCCAUCCAACCUGGGCUAGUGAAGACUCCGGGUUUUACACUCAUAAGAAGAAUGCGUAUGAAGAAGCACUACAUCGUAGCGAAGAGGAGCGUCACGAGUACGACUUUCACAUUGAGGCCAUCAGUCGCACGAUUGCAACGCUUGAACCAUUCCAUUUGAAGAUCAUGCAGCUUUCACCAGAGGAGCGAGCUACGUCCAAGCAGAAGAUGCCUCUAUCUGGUGUAAACAAGGCAAUUCACCAGCGUAUAAUCAAGAAGAUUUACGGGCGUGAAGCGGGCCUCGAGGUUAUUCAAGCUAUGCAUGAUUCGCCAGCCAUUGCCAUUCCGAUAGUGUUCGCCAGGCUCAAACAGAAGGAAGAAGAAUGGAAGAAAGCACAACGAGAAUGGAACAAGGUCUGGAGAGAAAUUGAUAGUAGGAACUAUCAAAAAUCUUUAGACCACCAGGGCAUAAUCUUCAAGGCGAGCGACAAGAAGGCUAUCACGGCGAAGACUUUCUUGAACCAGAUUGAGUCUGCUCGGGAAGAACAGAUGUCGAGGCGCGCUUCUCUGAUUGAUCCACUUUUCGCGCGUACUCGACCACGAUACCACAUGGCGUUUGUCAUUGAGGACACAGAUGUUCUCUCGGAUCUCUUCAAACUUACGUUUUCUCUGCUCGAUCGAAUGCAACAUCAUAUCAGCGUCGCUGAUCGAAGACGUAUUGAAGGAUUUCUCCGAUCUUUCGUACCUAUGUUCUUCAUGCUUGAUCCAGCGACUUUUGAUUCGGCGUUUCGAUUGAGGAAUCAACAAGUUGAUCAGCAGUACUUCUUGACCGACGACUUCUCAAAUUUCAUUGAUGAAGCAGAUGAUAACGCUUCGGUCGUAAGCAGCUCUAGGAGUGGGAGGAACGGCAGGCGCGCGGCCGGAAGCGAUCUCAGGAAAAAACUAUUAAAAACGAAUGCGCAGGAUAAGAGCCGAAGAGCUGUUCAGAAUGCACAGUCGAAUCCUGUUUCCCGCUUAGCUUCACCAGUCUCGGCAAAUUUGACUCUCGUCGACGAGAAUGUAUCGUCUGAACCAAACGAAGGUGGCUAUGAAGCGCAAUCGCAGGACAUUCCUACUGGGUCUGUCCGAUCGCUCCAAAACCGCCGAGGGUCUUUCUUCACAAAUGCAACGUUCUACACCUUGCUGCGAUUAAUUGAGCUCCUCUACUCUCGUUUACUCUCGUGCAAGGACUUGGCCAAUAGGCUUGCAAACGAUCCAUCUUCACCUUAUCGUAUGAACCCGCUUGCUUCGGACCUUGGUCUCUUAAAUACGGAGCCGCCAGACCAACAACUGGCUGAGAUUCAAAAGCUCCCUUUGCCAGCAGUUCAUUUUUAUCCGUUCCUACUUGAAACAUGCGAACGACUGUUUGACAACGUCGUUGAUCCGCAGAUGUUUGAAGAUAUUACACGCUAUAUGUUCGGCACAAAGGCGUACAUCACAUUUACGAUAGACAAGGUCAUUGGGGCCAUUAUUAAGCAGGUUCAAAACAUUAUCGCGGACAGCAAGUCUCUGGUCAUCCUUGAAGGACUAAAGAGGGAGCGGGAGAUGUCUUCCCCUUCAAGUCUUGAUUUGGACGAAAUUCGAGGGACCACUGAAAAGGUUCUCGCUUCAGAGGAAAAUCUCUUCCGGCUAGACUGGACGCCAGAUUCACAUACCUUGACCAUUCAACUUCUCGGCAAAGAUGAUGCUACAUUUGAUGACUAUGAUGUUUAUUCUGGUCGUUGGCAAGCCUAUAUUGACUCGUUCGUUUCGGAUGAGACAACGAGAGGAUUCGCAGAAGAGAAAUUAAAGCCGCCUUUCCUGACGCGCAAUUAUCGACUUGUCAAGAAAACUCCCCUGACGGGCUCCUCAGUUGGUCAAAGUGGGCUAGAGAUCAAAGUGUGCGUGCAGACGUAUCGGAUGUUCUUCGUUUCUGAGACGGAAGAUUUUUUCUGGCGAUCAUGGAGUGCUGAGGAGGUAGAGCAGUGUGAGAGGCGAUCGAGCAAUCGGAGCUCGAGGAGUAAGCGAUGGUUGCGGCGCUUUGAUGAUGAAGGCGGUCUUCCUCGAUAGCAGCUUUGUUAUGUUAUGUUUCUUGAUCAUGCCUUGGUGGAUUGCUGUUUUGUAUUGAUAUGUAUGAAUGACUCAAUAUUUCGUACGUGUUCU